AUGGUGAAAACACGACAAUGGCAAUUGGCGAACAAGCCGAGAGACGAGCCGAAGCUCGAUGGGCCCGAGCAGACCUUCAAACUCGUGGAGACCGAUCUUCCAGAGCCAAAAGCUGGUGAGCUGCUGGUGAAGUUAUUGUGCCUAUCCAAUGACCCCGCUCAGCGAGGAUGGAUCGAUCCAGAUAUUCCAGCCGAGAGAAUGUAUGUACCACCUGUGGAGAUUGGCGCCCCAAUGAAUGCCCGUGGCCUUGCAGAGGUCGUGGAAUCCAAGUCAGAGAAGUUCAAGAAGGGCGAUACUGUCAUCGCAACGACCGGCUGGUCUGAGUAUAGAGUUGUGCCGGCAAACAUGUGCCAACCAGCGGGAGAUCUGCCUGGUGGCAAGAGUAAGACCCAUUACCUUGGUGCGCUUGGGUUGACUGGUCUUACUGCCUACUUUGGUCUGACUGGAGUUGGCAACACGACAAAAGACGAUGUUGUCGUCGUGAGCGGCGCAGCUGGUGCAACUGGCUCCAUGGCAGUCCAGAUUGCCAAGAAGAUCAUUGGUUGCAAGAAAGUAAUCGGCAUUGCUGGCACGGAUGAGAAGUGUCGCUGGGUCGAGAAGCUUGGAGCUGAUGUCUGCUUGAACUACAAGAGCAAGACAUUCGCCGAGGAUUUGAAGAAAGCUACCCCUGAUUUUGCCAAUGUCUACUUUGACAAUGUUGGUGGCGAGAUUCUCGACUUGAUGCUUUCUCGACUUGGAAGAGGUGGACGAGUCAUUGCUUGUGGAGCCAUUAGCAGCUACAACACAUCCCAAGAGCGAACGACUGGCCUCAAGAACUGGUUCGAGAUUAUAAUCAUGCGGCUUCAGGUGAAGGGUUUCAUUGUGAUCGACUUCAUGAAGGAAUUUCCCAAGGCAUUGGAGCUCUUCAAGGAAGCUGUUGCAGACGGCCGACUUGAUAUCGAGGGCGGAGAGACGGUGGUUAAGACGAACUUUGAGGGCAUCCCGAAGACGUGGCUGAAGCUGUUCGAUGGCUCCAACCAGGGCAAGCUCAUCACCCAAUUGGAGUAG